AUGGGCCGCGAGACCGGAGAAGCUAUAGGCGGAGGUUCAGGGGGGAUUACAAGCUGUGGAAAUUUAUCCGCCAUUGCUGCCUCCAAACUUGGGUCUGGAAGCCUAGGGGACGGUGAGGACGAGACCGAACCCCGUUUAGCUGACGUCAUGGAGCCGAGAGGGGGUGACGACGGAGGAGAACGACGAUCCGGUGAAGAAACUUCGCCGGCGGCUACCUCGGUCGGCGUGCCUGGGAGAGAUCCUCUAGGGCGAACAACAAAUAAUAUAAUUAAAUGCACUCUUUAA